UCGAAGGUUGGGUGAAUGUUCUCGAUACUGCUUGUAAGAUAUUGGGACUAGAUUCUUACUGCCGAGUUUGGUAGGGGUAGGUAUCUAAUUACCUAUUCAAGCCAUGAAAACAUCCGAUCAACCUGUCCUAAUCAUCGGCGCCGGCGUCGCCGGUCUCAUGCUGGCGCAAGGCCUACGCCUCCGCUCAAUCCCAUUCCGCCUCUUUGAGCGCCACGCCGUGUCGCACAGCUCGCAAGGCCACCGUUUCCGUAUCUCGAAAGAUGGCCAGGCCGCGCUCAACAGCAUCCUGUCGCCUCAGCUCCGGGGCCUGCUCAAACGCACCGCGGCCGACCCAUUUCUCUUCAAGCCCCGAUAUGUUGACGCUAAGAGCCUCAACUUCGCAAGCUUGAGCCCGGCGGAUUCGGAUUCGAUGGCCAUCGACAGGACGUGGAUCCGUAUGUUAACUAUGCUGGGCAUCGAGCAUGCUAUCGAAUACGGGAAGGAGUUUAGUUCUUACGACAUCGUGAACGGGCAUGUUCACGUUAGAUUUACGGAUGGCUCAGUCGCACGCGGACGGCUUCUUGUCGGCGCGGAUGGUAUUAGAAGCCGUGUGCGGAAACAGCUACAGCCAAAUCGCAAACUGCUUGAUUUGGAACGCUGGGUCAUGUGGGGUCGGACCUUAAUAACGCAAGAUUUAAAGAAGAAUCUGCCGCAAGAUAUGAUGAGCUGGUGUAUGUACCAAGAUCAGGAGGCUAAUGUCCAGCUUGUCGUUGAGCCAAUGAUUUUCCCAAAGAUCUCGCAGCAAGAAGAAUCGGAGGACAUGUUACCUGAAAUCCCGGAUUACAUAUUCUGGGUUGUCUGUACGGCAUCUUUGCAAUACUCAGAGUAUCUACCGCAAUCAGUGGAGGAGAAAAAGUUGUUUUUGGAGGAAGUGACUAAGACCUGGCAUCCUGCUUUAAAGCUUUUACUUGACUCAGCUGCGCACAAUCUGACAUCCUGCGCACCUGUUUUAUCAAGCAAACCAGACAUCGAACUUAGCUCAGCUGGUCAGGCUAAUAAGCUAGUUACUCUUGUCGGUGAUGCAGCGCAUGCGAUGAGUCCCAUGGGCGGUUCUGGUGGCGAUACAGCUAUUUGGAAUGCCGCAGAUCUAGCGCAGACGAUUGCUAAAGAAGGCAUUACGAAGAGGAGUAUCACAGACUUUGAGGUGAGGAUGGAGAAAAAGGCAAAAGAAAAGAUCGAGCACUCUUUUAGAGGUGGCCAGAAAUUCUGGCGUGGAAAGGAGUGGACCGAGUACAACGAAAUCAAUGUCUGAAGGCUUAUUGGGCUAAAUGAAUAUUUCGUGACUGCUGGAUGGCCAAACUUGCGAUGGGUGAUCAAGCCUACCUAAGGACCUGCCUCAG